AGCCGGGGGGUAAAUCUGCUGUUUCAAUCAGAUCCAAACACAACUAUAUAUAUAUUUUUUAUAAUUGAUUCUGAAUUACAGCUUAAAUCCACGUGAAAGCGUCCAACUUGUUAAUUAACUAAAGGAAUGGCCCUAGACUUCGCCGCUGGAUGUGUGGGAGGUGCUGCUGGUGUUUUGGUCGGCCAUCCAUUCGAUACUGUAAAGGUGGGUGUUUCCUAAUUCCUUCCUUUGAUUUUCUUUCACCUUUGUUAGGCAAUAAACAUAAUUUACUGAAUUUACAUUUUUUAAAUAACAGAACAUAAACAUUUUCGACAUAAGGAUGAAAUUUGUAAUUAUUUUUCCCAUGUAUGUUUUACUUUUAGGGUAUAUUUCACUAAAUUGGGGCCAGAAAAUCCUGUAAGGACGGGACAGUACUUCCUAAUCCAACCCAGUUAUUCAUUUUCUACAAAACCCUAAAAAAUAAUAUUUCCGGUCAGCUGUGUUUACUUCAGAGAAUGUGUGUGAAUAUUGGCAGCGUUUUGUAAGAAUCCAGUAACUCAUAGGAUAUGUUCAUACUACAGCCUGAAGUGACCCAAAACGGAUUUUAUUUGUAUUUUCUUUAGUCAUUUUUUCCAAAUGUGACUUUUUAAAUUUAAAUAAAUGACAAGUAUACAAAGUAUUUACAUAUAGAAAUUAUCCUGAGAGCCUUUUCCUUAGUGGACUGUUAUUGAUUUAACAUAUAGCUCCAUAUAUUUAAUAAAAUGAGGCGCUUUAUUGGUAAUUUUGCAUAUAUAAAUGUAAAAUUUAGCAAAACAAAUGAGCAAAUUCAUUAUAUAAAAAAAAUGUAGGAUCCUUUCUGGGGAAUUUAGAAAAACGGAAUGAAACACUUCCCUAACUUAAGUAAAAACACGUUAAAAUAUGGUUAUUAAUAAACCUCCUUCCAAAGUUUGGUGCCAAAAGAGGACUGACAGUAUCUUAAAAUUUUCCCGCACAGUAAAUUUUAUAAAGAAUUUUAAAUGACAUUUCCUUCACAUUAUUUACGAUUAAAUAUUUAUGGGGGAUCAUCCAGGCAGUUUUCCAGUUGAUAAUCCGUCCAAAUAUGCGACUUGUAUGGAACUCAAAAGACCUGAAAUGUCCCUCAUGCGCAGUAGAGGGCGCAAUAACGUCUAGCUGCUAGCGAGCAGCGCAAUGCUGAAAAGAAGAAGUGUUCAUUGUUUGCGGAAGUAAACAUGGAUGCCAAUAACUUACGAUUUUAAAGUUAUCACAUUCACAACUUGAUCCUCAUUAUUGUCCGCCAUGGUUGUUGUUUCUUAUUUAUGUUUGCGCGUCUCAGGACGCAGAAUAGUCGAGAAUCAAUGAGGUUCCGUUCGGAUGAAUGCGACCCGAUCAGAUGUGUAAUGGAUUUAGAGUCACAUAUUCAAUCAAAAAAUCCAAUUUGUGUUCUUCAAACUGCCAUAAAAAAUCGGCUACGGCUCGCUUUAAGGCAAAAAUAAAUAAAUAAAUUAAAAUUGUUUCUUGCCACUUCCGGCUGCAGUGUGAACGUAGCCGCCGUAAAGUAAAUAUUUCCGUGCUGGAAAAGCGUCCGCUGGUGAGGAAGCUUCUUCACAUGAAGGCGAAUGUUAAUGUUGCAGCUUGUUUCAGAGGCUGAAUGGAUGUUGGUUGUAGUUCUUUUGACACCUUGCUGUUUGAUGUCGUUUCUCCCUGAGCCGGUGUCUGCUUGGGGCUCGGGGCGGCUGUCUUUAACAGCUACAGUGUCACUGUGUUGUAGAUGAGAGAGAGAAAUAAACAACCUCUCCACGGAAAUGUGACCUAGUGCGGCUUCAGGUACAAAAUGUGGACAAACCUCUUUACCGCGGGACUUUGCACUGCUUUCAGUCGAUUGUGCGCCAAGAAUCGAUGCUCGGUCUGUAUAAAGGCAUCGGUUCUCCAAUGAUGGGGCUGACGUUCAUCAACGCCAUUGUCUUCGGCGUCCAAGGCAACGCCAUGCGGAGGCUCGGCCGCGACACGCCCCUCAACCAGUUCCUGGCGGGCGCCGCCGCCGGAGCCAUCCAGUGUGUCAUCUGCUGCCCGAUGGAGCUGGCGAAGACGCGCAUGCAGAUGCAGGGAACCGGCGAGAAGAAGUCUAAGAGGAAGAUGUACAAGAACUCCCUGGACUGCCUGGUGAGAAUCUACAGGAAGGAAGGUUUCCGGGGCAUCAACCGCGGCAUGGUGACCACGCUGCUGCGCGAGACGCCCGGCUUCGGCGUGUACUUCCUGGCGUACGACGUCCUGACGCGUUCGCUGGGCUGCGAGCCGGAGGAUCCGUACAUGAUUCCGAAGCUGCUGUUCGCCGGCGGGAUGUCAGGCAUCGCCUCCUGGCUCUCCACGUACCCGGUGGACGUCAUAAAGUCGCGGCUGCAGGCCGACGGCGUCGGCGGCGUCAACAAGUACAGCGGGAUCGCGGACUGCGUCAGGCAGAGCUUACAGAAGGAGGGGUACCGGGUAUUCACUCGCGGCCUCACGUCCACGCUGCUGCGCGCGUUCCCGGUCAACGCCACCACCUUCGCCACUGUGACUCUGUUUUUAAUAUACAUGCGACGGGAGGAAGAAUGCAGCAUGCAAAACUCUGAGCCGCCCGCCGUGCAGCUGCAGCCGCAGCCGACCAGCAUGUAAGGCGCAGGUUAGCUGAUACUCACCUCUCCAUCCAUCUGUGGUAUUUAAAAACUUCUUUUUUUAAACUAAAAGCUGAAUUUGUGUGUAUAUAUGGCUUCUUUUCUCACCCAUGCUUUUGUACAAUAGUUCUAUUAGCAAACUGUAGCGUAAGGGUGCACCGAUUGCAGUUUUUAGGCCGAUCAUGGAGCUUUAAAUAAAAAACGCACAUCAAUUCUGCAGUCAUCUUAACGGUUAGCAUUGCUUUCCACUAAUUUUUAUGUGUUUAGCAGUUUGGAGUUAGCUUCUCGUAAUUCAUCUGUAUCUUUUAAAAAAGCCGAUUCCGAUACUAAUGUUUAUUUUUUUUGUCUGAAAUGUUGGUACAUGUAGCAGUUUGUAACAGUGAGGUGACUAUUGUUAACUGCAAACGUGCGGUUGAAAUAAGAUCGGCUUUACAUGCAAGUAUCGCCGAUCACCCAAAAUAAAUCGGUGCACCCAUACUGUAUCGUUACUGUAAUUGUUACAAACAAGUUUAAAAACAAUAAUGCUGUUUAGUAAAGAUGCAUCAAUAUGAAAAUAUGAGCCAAUAACCAUAUUUGAUGUUAAUAUUUACAGAUAUCUAUAUUUUACCACUUUUACAACACAUUUUGGGGGGGUUAAAUGAAUACAGAUUGUUCAUAUCUGACAGAUAUUGUCCGAUACCGAUGUUGGUUCCGAUAUUUAUCGUGCAUCCCUACUAUCUAGGUCAGAUAGUGACCGCAUGUAUGUAAUUCUUUGCAGUUAUUCUGGUCAUUUUUUAUGACCUUAACUUAUCAAAACCAUCAUGAUUAUCUGGCAUCUUGCAAUAACGGAGAAUAGUUUACAAAAACGUUCCCAAAGUAUUUUUAAAAGGUCGGCUGGCUUUGUGUGACUUUAACCUCGUUGUGUUAACAUAAAUAUAUUUUUGGAUAUUUUCUCAGAUAAAAUCAAACGUAAGUCUGUGUUUUAAAGAAGCACCUUAUAAUAACCACAAGAAUGGUUGAAGAAACAAAGACAAAAUGUAUUUUUGUUUUUUUUUGCAGUAACUACUAAAAACACUGAAUGCUGUGUUGAGUAGAGUUGGGUUGGAAGAAAUGAAAACUGUUAUCAGAAGUCACUUUGUCCACAAGGGGGCAGCAGGAGACCAGCUACGUUCGCCCACUUGCACCAUUAGCUGCUCUUUUUACAUACCUGCAUAUUUUACAGAAUAGCAUGGAUUAUACUGGAUGAAUGUUGAGACUUAAGAGCUUAAAUGUGGGUUAAAUUUCCCAAUAAUCAUGCAGAAACAAGUAAUAUCCCUGUAUGUAGAUGGUGCGUGUUGUGUUGGACAUAAUGUACAUUAAUGUGAAAGUGCUGCUGAUUGUUGUUGAGGCUUUAGAAUGACUUGUAAAUCUUUCUUGUAAUUUGUUUUGCUUUUUUUUUUUUAAGUUGGAAGGAUUGCUUUAGCUGUCGAAUGCUGCUUUGUAUUCUGUGCUUGAUUCUGUACGAUACUUUGUACCAAAGUAGCCAUCCAAAUGUAGAUCUUUAAAAAAAAAUAAUAAAGAUUUGUUUUCUAAGA